GCUGCUGUCCCCGAGGUGUCCCCGGUGCAGGGACGAUGAGUGCUGCUGCAGCCCGGAGCCAGCUGGGGACGGGUCCCCGAGCCCGCAGAGCCACAGGGACGCGGAGCUACGGCUGAGCCCGGCGUGCCGAGCCGUGCCGCGCCGCGCCAGGCGGAUGGAAAGCUGCGCCCCGGCAGGGAGCCCCACCGGCCGCCUGCCUCCACCCCGCGCCCGCCGGCCCCCUCCCGCGCCCGCCCCGCGCCCCAGCCCUAUGCCAGGCGAGCAGCGCCCGCCGUGCCCACCCGCCCGCCAUGAAGUGCUCGCUGCGCCUCUGCUUCCUCUCGACCGCCUUCCUCCUCGUCUUCGUCAUGUCCGUGCUCUUCACCUACUCCCACCACAGCAUCGCCUACCUGGACCCCGGCGGGCUGGGCGGCAUCCACCGGGUGAAGCUGGUGCCCGGCUACGCCGGCGUGCGGCGGCUGGGCCACGGGGGGCUGUACCCGAGGGGCUGCGCCUGCCGCCGCUGCCCCGAGGACGCCGCCGACGCCGCGGCGGCUUGGUUUGACAGCCGCUACGACGGCCGCGUCUCCCCGGUGUGGACCAAGGAGAACAUGGAGCUGCCGCCGGACGUCCAGCGGUGGUGGAUGAUGCUGCAGCCCCAGUUCAAGUCCCACAACACGCAGGAGGUGCUGAGCAAGCUCUUCCAGAUCGUGCCGGGCGAGAACCCCUACCGCUGGCGCGACCCGCGCCACUGCCGGCGCUGCGCCGUGGUGGGCAACUCGGGCAACCUGCGCGGCUCCGGCUACGGGCCCGAGAUCGACGGGCACGACUUUGUCAUGAGGAUGAACCAGGCGCCCACGGUGGGCUUCGAGGGGGACGUGGGCGGCCGGACCACGCACCACUUCAUGUACCCCGAGAGUGCCAAGAACCUGCCUGCCAACGUCAGCUUCGUGCUGGUGCCCUUCAAGACCCUGGACCUGCUCUGGAUCGCCAGCGCCCUCUCCACCGGCCAGAUCAGGUUCACCUACGCGCCCGUGAAGCCUUUCCUGCGGGUGGACAAGGAAAAGGUGCAGAUCUACAACCCCGCCUUCUUCAAGUACAUCCACGACCGCUGGACGGAGCACCACGGGCGCUACCCCUCCACCGGCAUGCUGGUGCUCUUCUUCGCCCUGCACGUCUGCGACGAGGUGAACGUCUUCGGGUUCGGCGCCGACAGCCGGGGCAACUGGCACCACUACUGGGAGAACAACCGCUACGCCGGCGAGUUCAGGAAGACCGGGGUGCACGACGCCGACUUCGAGGCGCACAUCAUCGACAUGCUGGCCAAAACCAGCAGGAUCGAGGUCUACCGGGGGAACUGAGGGCCGGACGGCGGCGCGUCCUCCAGCUCACCCACGCCAAGGAGCGGGGCUCAGCGCCCGGCCGGCAGCGGGUGGCCCCCGGCACCCGUGGGUGCUCGCCGGCAGCCCCCGGCCGGCAGCGUGGCCCCGAUGGAGCUGCCCCGGGCGGCGCUCGGUGCCUGUGACCAAUCAGGUUUUGAGCGAAAAAGGAGACUUUUUGUUGUUCUGGGGGUUUUUACUUAAUAUUAUUGCUAUUAAGGAACCCGUCUCAGCUGAGCAAGGAUUUACAGACGCACUCAGCACCUGGCCGGCCGGCGGGAGCGCCCGACUUGCAUCUCUUUACAGUCAAACCAAAUGCUGCUCUUUUUAAAACGAAAACAAAAAGAAAACACAAAAAA